CAAUCUUCGAGGUGAGUUGAAAAUUAAACACCUCGAGAAUGUUAAGGACUGGACCCAUAUGCAUCUGAAACGUAUGCAACUUCACACAUUGGGAUUGUUUAGGGGUGAUGGUGAUGAAGGUAAAUAAGUUAAACCAAAGCACAUCAAGACAAAUCAGACAAACCGAAGAACUAGAUGAAAAGUUGAUGGAAAGCCUUCAGCCUAACUACAAUAUAAGAAGGUUGUCAAUAAAUGGAUAUGUAGGACGCCAAUUCCCACACUGGAUGAAUCACUUUGAUAUCGGCAACUUGAGAGAACUUGAGUUAAUCAACUGCAAAAGAUGUGAAACUCUCCCCAAGCUUGGCCAACUUCCAAAACUUAAGUGUCUCAACAUCCAAGGGAUGGACAAAGUGGUGAAAAUCAAUGAUGAGUUCUCUGGUGGAGGAAUGAGGCCAUUUCCACCAUUGAAUGAACUAAUCCUUCGAGACUUUCCUGAACUUAGAACUUGGGAAAGCAUGGGUUCAACAGAAGCUUUCCCUCGCCUCAAGCGACUAUCCAUCAUGAAAUGUCCAUUAUUAAAAACAAUGCCAUGGUUUCCAACUCUUCAACGCUUAGUGGUGCAGGACUGUGAUCCAUUGUUGCUUAGAUCAGCAGCAGAGCUGAGAACACUUUCGACACUUGUUAUUGACUCUUUUCGAGAGUUCGGUUUCUUCAUACCAAAAGUACUGCUGGAAAACUGUUGCUUUCUUAUUUCUUUGACAGUUACCUCUUGUCCCAGCCUUGAAACAUUGCCAGCUAAUUUGGGGAAAAUCAGAGGUCUGAAGUCAUUGAAAAUUGCUUUUUGCGAGAUGCUAGAAAGUUUGCCUGAUGGAUUCACAAAUCUCAUCUCUCUAGAGACACUGGAUAUUAUCGAGUGUCCUAGAUUAAGUACACUGCCAGAGCAAAGCUUAGAAAGAUUGAGCUCACUCCGAUCACUUUCUAUUGAAAACUGUGCGGGCUUGACUUCUUUGCCAACAGGAAUGCAACAUGCCACGGCCCUUGAGCGCCUAACAAUUAUGUUUUGUUCGAAUCUGGCUUCUCUACCAGAUGGUCUGCAAAAUCUCUUGGCACUUAAGAGCUUGACCAUUUUAAGUUGCCAACAAUUAGCAUCUCUGCCAGAAGGAGUUGAACAUAUGAAGAUGCUACAAAAUCUGGAAAUUCGUAUCUGUCCAAAACUCAUGGCACUGCCAAAGGUAAACAACCUCGUUUCACUAAAAUCUUUGGCAAUUUCAGACUGUCAAAAUAUAAAUUCUCUUCCAGAAGGCAUUCAGCAGCUCAAACAACUUCAACACCUUUCCAUUAAAGAUUGUCCUGAACUUGAAAAACGAUGCAAGAGAGGGGAAGGAGAGGAUUGGCAGAAGAUAUCUCACAUCCCAUAUGUUUAUGUGGGAACAUCAAUACCUGGAAACAGACAGGACACUGGAGCCAGCUCCUCAAGUUCAUAGGUAACACCAGGGCGGCAAGAAGAUACAGUAGUAUCUGUUUGGAAUGUCAUUCAUUUCCAUUAUUUAUCUGCUUCUGCGAUUUACUUGGACUAUAGCAUACAAAAGAGGAGGAGGCUAAAUUUUAUAUUUUAUGGAUUUUGGUUCCACUGGGUUUGCUAGUUUGCUAGACAUUAAUGGGUUUCACUCUGCGUUGUGCAGGUUCUUAUUAGGUUAUUACAGUAUUUGUAGUAGUAGUCUUGUGUGCGGAACAAUUUUCCUUGUUUUGGGCCAUCCGGCUGCAAACUUGUAUUAGGUUAUUUGUAAAACUUGUUUAGCACCAUGAGUAAUCAAUUUCCCAAUCUGGUUAUGGGCCAUCUUUUAGACCACGAAGGUAGUGGCAUUUUUCUUGUGCCAAUAAAGGAU